AUGGUCGAUUCAACAGCAGAUGAGAGUUCACCUGCAGGUGAGGCUCACCAAGCCGCCCGUUCUGGAGAAGAGGCGACCGAAGUGGUUGGCACAGGUUCCUCAUCUCCAGCGCAAGGUCAGAACUCGCAGGACGUCGCGGUCCUGGACCAAUCCUCUGUGAAUGAGGAAGCAGAGGCAAUAGGCAUGGCAGCUCAAAGGCCCGAAGGAAGCAUGUUGGCGCCAAAAUCAGCUGCAGAAAUGGGACUGGUGGAAACUGAAGAAAACGGACUGGGCGAUGCGGAGCAAGAAGAGAUCAACGAAUCAAGCAGUGGUUUGACCCAGAUUGAACAAUCUCAGCCACCUUUACCGGACGAGCCGUUGCCCUCACAUGCUCACUCGUGGCAAGCUGGUGAGUUGGACGCGCUCAACAACGGUCAACUGGUUUGCUUAAAUCGUGAGUUCUCCGCUGAGCCAAAUUUCUUUUCUUUCCGCAGUAUGGGCCCCUCGAUCCGGGGCGUACUAUUUCUGGAACACGGUAUCAGGAGAGACUACAUGGACAAAUCCUCUGGCAGAGUCGGGGUCAGGCGGAGCACAAAGAGCGACCCGCUCGUCCGCGGCCGUUCAAGCCGAGGCUCCUUCCGCACCCAUGAGUGACGAAGACUUAGCCAUCUCAGCAGGUAUAGAUCCCGACUUGGCCUUUCUCGAUGCUCAGCUAUAUGCCUCCCAGCUCGCUUCAGCCCGCACUGCGCAUUCGCAAGGUCAACGUCAUGGGAGUAUCAUUGCUACCGCUUCCAACUCUGUUGGGGCCUACUUUGACGCCCGAACUGGUCGAAUGGUAUCUGCGUCUUCUCCCUCCCAGGCAGACCCGGACGCUUCAACAAGACACUCUUCGAGCGCCAAAGCAAAGAGACAGAUGAAUGCUUACUUCGAUGUGGAUUCGUACGAGGCGCAGAGGGCCGCCGAGAGGGCCGAGGCCGCAAGUGCUGCCAGUGCCAGCGCAAGCGGAGGGAGAGCUGCGCAGAAAUUGAGCAAAAAGGAAUUGCAGUACUUUAAAGACCGUAAAGCUCAAAAGAGGAGGCAGCAAUACUUGAGCGGCACCUGA